AUGGCUGCUAAGCUCGCAGCCACGAGUUCGUUGACUGCUGCUGCGUCUCUUACUCGAUCAGCUAGCUCGGUUCGGAAGAAUCAAUCAGGCACUCAGAAUAGGCUUGCGUGGAAGAAGCUUUCUGCAGGUUUCUCGCAGUCUGGUCUUCCAUUGUCAUCUACGCACAGACAAGAAUCUUUCCAAGAAAAGCGUCAACUAUCUAGCAGCAUUGUUCGGGCGACUGUCGCAGACGCAUCUCAGAGUUCCAAAAUGGCGUCUUCUACAGGCCUUUCACGGAUCGGCCUCGCUGGUUUGGCGGUCAUGGGACAGAACCUCGCCCUGAAUAUUGCCGAGAAAGGUUUCCCCAUCUCCGUGUACAACCGCACGGCCAGCAAGGUGGACGACACCGUCGUUCGCGCCAAGGCGGAGGGCGACCUGCCUCUGCGGGGCUUCCACGACGUGAAGGACUUUGUGCAGUCGAUCCAACGGCCCAGAGCCAUCAUCAUCCUGGUGAAGGCUGGCAAGCCCGUGGAUGACACGAUCAAGGUGCUCUCGGAGUACUUGGAGCCGGGUGACGUCAUCAUCGACGGCGGGAACGAGUGGUACGAGAACACGGAGCGCAGAGAGGCGGAGGCGAAGGCCAAGGGUCUUCUGUACCUGGGCAUGGGCGUGUCAGGCGGCGAGGAGGGCGCUCGGUUCGGGCCGUCGCUCAUGCCUGGCGGAUCCAAGGAGGCGUACGCGAUAGUGGAGGACGUGGUAAAGAAGGUGGCGGCUCAGGUGGACGACGGGCCGUGCGUGACUUUCGUGGGCAAGGGUGGCGCGGGGAACUUCGUCAAGAUGGUGCACAAUGGGAUUGAGUACGGCGACAUGCAGCUCAUCUCGGAAGCCUAUGACAUCCUGAAGAACGUGGGUGGCCUGUCGAACGAGGAGCUGCAUGCCGUCUUCACGAGCUGGAACAAGAACGAGCUCGAGAGCUUCCUGGUGGAGAUCACCGCCGACAUCUUCGCAGUCAAGGAUGACCGCGCAGCCCCAGGCGAAAACAAGUUCCUGGUCGACGCGAUCCUCGACAAGACCGGCAUGAAGGGCACUGGAAAAUGGACGGUCCAGCAGGCAGCAGAGCUCUCGAUCGCGGCUCCCACCAUCGCUGCUUCCCUCGACUCACGCUACAUCUCCGGCCUGAAAGACGAGCGAGUGGCAGCCUCUGCCGUGUUUGCCGCAGCUGGGCUUUCGGACGGAGCCUCGGCCGUUGCAGGAGUGGAUAAAGCCCAGCUUGUGGACGACGUUCGGAAGGCUCUGUACGCGUCCAAGGUCUGCAGUUACGCGCAGGGAAUGAACCUCAUCCGCGCGAAGAGCACGGAGCAGGGCUGGGGGUUGAACCUCGGGGAGCUUGCGAGGAUCUGGAAGGGCGGGUGUAUCAUCCGGGCGGUGUUUUUGGAUCGCAUCAAGCAGGCGUAUGACCGGAACCCUGCGCUGGCGAAUCUGCUGGUGGAUUCGGAGUUUGCCAAGGAGGUGGUGGAGCGGCAGCAGGCGUGGCGGCGCGUGGUGACUCUGGCGAUCCAGGCUGGGAUUACCGCUCCAGGCAUGAGCACGAGCCUGGCCUACUUUGACAGCUACCGCCGUGCCCGACUGCCUGCCAACCUGGUGCAAGCGCAGCGCGACUACUUUGGCGCUCACACGUAUGAGCGUGUGGACGUUGACGGCAACUACCACACCGAGUGGUCCAAGAUUGCCAAGGGCAAGCUCCGUUCGCCUCUUCCUGCCAUCCCGCCGUCGGCUCUCCCUCUCUACCCCGCCAUCGCCUCUCCCUUCUAUCCCGCCGUCGCCUCUUCCUCGCCUCCCUCCCAUCCCGUCGUCGCCUCUCCCUCUCGUUCGUCGUCGCCUCUCCCUCUCGUUCGCCGUCGCCUCUCCCUCUUUCCCGCCACCGCCUCUCCUUCACAUCCCGCCGACGCCUCCCCCUCGCAUCCCGCCGUCGCCUCUCCCUCACAUCCCACCGUCGCCUCCCCUUCACAUCCCGCCGUCGCCUCCCCCUUACAUCCCGCCGUCGCCUCCCCUCCAUAUCCCGCCUCGCGUCCCCCCUCGCAUCCCGCCGUCGCCUCCCCCUUCACAUCCCGCCGUCGCCUCCCUCUCACGUCCCGCCGUCGCCUCUCUUCUCACCGCCGUCGCCUCCCCCUCACAUCCCGCCGUCGCCUCUCCUCUCACCGCCGUCGCCUCCCCCUCUCAUCUCGCCGUCGCCGCUGA